CAUCGGACACAGGUGAAUAUUUACUAAUGACAAACUGUUGUAUUUCAUAAACGUCGUCCUCAUCCUGAACAGAAAGUUUGGAUACACAUUAUUUAAAAACAGAAGAUAAAACAAGACAAGACUGGUAACAUUUAAAGGAGCUUCGACAUUUACUUUUCGGUGGACUGUUUUCUGAAACUGAUUGAUUUAGAAUGAAACCUAUUUUAUCACCUGCCACUUGAUUAGUAGGUCAUCGUUACUCACCUAUUGAAGGCGGUUGGUGACAUUGUUGUGGCUGCUUUUUUUUUUUUGCUUUUUUCCGCUAUAUUCAUUUCUUUGUUAUAUUUUUUUUUAAUAACCAGAAGCCAUUUUGAACUUGUUUCAGGUAUUUCAAGGUGUGUACUGCAAAGGUGUUUUAUAUUACUGAUGUAGUUAUUAACUGUAAAACGUUUAACGGGAUAAAUAUUGUAUUGUAAAAGAAAAUAAGUUACAAAAGAAGAGGAGAAAAAGGCGGAAAGAAUGAAGAGAAGGCCGAAUUGUAUUGGGUUUCCCAGUUCGGUAAUUGUGAUAUUUGUUUGUAUUUUAGUAUUUUCAUUUACUUGGAGUGAUUCUACAAGUAAUGGAAAACCUUUUGAACUUUCUCCAAAGGACAAAUUCGAUGAAAUAAUGGAUAAGUUUACAUCGGUAACUGGAGAAAAUUGUCGUUCGAAACACUACACAGAUCUUCGUUUGGAUAACGAUCGAAAAAAAGGUGUUAUAUCUCAAGUACCUCGUUAUAAUACUUUCUUGUCAACUGUUUAUUACACGAACAGAUCUUCUCUGUUGCACGCUCACAACUUGGCCCUUAAUAGGGCAUUUUACUACAGUUAUAUCUAUCAGGAACUUAACAAGAGCGAGGCCUUAGGUAGACAACCAGGUUUUGAAUACAUCUACUUCUCUUUGGCCGCUGAUGUUUCUGCUGGAAUUAGUAUGAUAAAUGGUAGUGGACUGUUCUUUGACAACAACUGUUCGUAUCCUAAUUGGUACACGACGUUGAAAAUCAACGGUACUUUACCCCUUUUUGGCCCCAAAGCUUGGCGAGUGGAUGACUACAACGAACCCACAAAUUGGUUGCGGGAACCUACAAACAAUACGAUUGACAUUCACGAUUUUGGAGCCGGUCGAAGUCAUAAUUAUACCAACCCUGCCUACAAACACAGCCCUUGGUACUCUAAAUGGUUACCUGAUCUCGACAGUAAUUCGGACACACUGAGGAAAUAUACCUACAAUGUUGGUAUUCGACGAUCAGAAAAGACUGGUGAAUUUCUUACUGACACUUUCCAAGUAUCCUCUUUCUUUGGCCCACCUCAACCGGGUAGUCAAGAAAUGGCCAUCCUUCCUGUUACCUUCACCGAUCCUUAUUUUGAUUGUGGACGAUCAAAUAAAUGGAUUGUUAGUGCAACAUCUCCUGUUGUUGAGUUUAUGCCUCGAUAUUCGAACUUUACUCAUUUAAGAAGACCUCAAUUUGUGGCUGUUACAACUAUUGAUUUGGAAUUUGAACGUAUUGAUUUUAACCCAUGUCCAAUAUCUGAAGGAAAUCCCCCACCAAACUAUUUUGCUAACACAGCUCGAUGCAAACCCACCACUUUAUGUGAACCAUUGAGUGGUUUUGGUUUCCGACGUGGUGGUUACAUGUGUGCAUGCUUACCUGGAUACAAAUAUCCCUGGUGGCAUGAUGGACCAUUCCUUGGAGUAGAAAUAGAAGCUGCUACAAAAGAAGAAUAUGAAAAUGGCUUUGAUUGCCUCAAAGUUGAUUUUUCCCAGGUAAUCCCAAAGAAGAACCCUGUUAUUAUUGAAAAUGUGAAGAAACGGUCUAUAUCAUCUUUUAGUUCUGAGAAAGACGAAUUUCUGAAAAUCAUAUUUCCUCAGUCCCACAGGAGUCUCAGAUGGCUUCAAUCAAAUAAAAAAUACACUUCAAAAGAUUUCAUUCCAUUACUGUCCAGUAGAUAUAGGCGGCAUGUUCCAAAAGAAGACCUCCUUUCUCGUAAGAAACGCGAUCUCUUUGAUAAUGUCAUGUGGAUGAGAAUGCGAGACAUCCUUGAACGUAAAGAAAACACAAACAAAGACAACUGUGCAAGCCUCACAGCAAACCAAUUGCUUCUUCCAGGAGAUGCCGGGUUCGGUGCCGAGAAGCAGUUUGAAUCACAAGGACGUACUGCUCUGAGGCUGGCUCACUUUAUUAGUAAUUUUCUUCAAAAUGUUGAUGAGUAUGAAGAAUUUGGUAUUCUUCGAGGUGAUCGACGCUUACACGAUACCCAGAUGUAUGGAGAGGUUAUUGCUACUGUCAUGGGUGACUUCAAGAUCGUUGGUGCUGGUGUAUUCUUUGACCAAUACAAAUACCGGAUAUCACCCAGAAAUAACACUGACCCACGAUAUGUUAAUGAAGUAACACGAGAAUAUUUUGGUCCAUUUGCUUGGAAGACUGGUGACAAAACAAUUGCCAGAGUAAUUGAUUUUGCUGGUUUCAAGGAGCGUUACACAAAUAAGCGCUGGUUUACAGACAUGAAAUCUCGUUGGGCAACUAACUAUCAAUCACUGGAAAAAUUUAUAACUCGUCCAAUGAUUCGGUCAGAUAUCAAUGGAUCCAGCUUGAUUAGAUUUGAGUAUUACCCACUCACAUACCAUGCACCAAAAUAUGAAGAUGGAGAAUGGUUACGUCCUGUCUUUAAGUGUGAUGGCAGAGUUGAUGCUUGGGUUCUCACUUAUGUUGUUCCAUUCUUUGGAAUGAAUACAUUGAAGACUCAAAUUGAAUUUAAGGGAGUUGUUACAGUUGAUGUCGACAUCAAUUAUUUGGAUGUAGACCAGUGCCCUGCUGAUUUUUAUGUUGCCAACGCCUUCAAGAACACGGCUCGUUGUGACUAUGAGAGCACAUAUUGUAUUCCAUUGCAAUCCCAUUUGAAAUUCAAAGAAGGUUCCUACAAAUGUGAAUGUAAGCAGGGCUAUGAGUACCCAUUUAAUGACCUGCAGUGGUAUUACAACGGUCAGACGAUGGUUGAAGAAUACAGGAAAAAGAUGAACAAUGAGCCAAACAGGUAUGAUACAUUGAAGUGCCGAAUUGGUGGAGCUUCUUCUUUCAGAAUAAGUUGGAUUCUUGUAAUUUUAACCAUUUUGUACAUAAAAAUGUUUCAACUGUAGAGCUAAGCUAUAUUUUUCUCCAAAGAAUAUUUUUGUAUAAUCUGUUGCUUAGUAAAUUUGUAGUAUGGUUCUUUCUAUUUUAUUUCUCAUUUGAAGAAAUACCUAUCAAACACAAACAUCAUAGAUUUAACAAGAUUCUUUAAAUUUUCUAUUUUGUAAUAAUUUUUUAAUUUUUUUUUUUAAUCCAAAGCAUCUAAAAUAGCCAGGAAUUUAAGUCCUUUUUCUUCCCUCAGCUAUAUUGAUGUCUAUAUAUAUAUAUAUAUAUAUACACACACACACGUCACUUUUUAAUUAUUUUUUUUUUUGUUCUUUAUGCCUCCAUCCUUUUGAAUAUAUUCUCCAGAUCAUGUUAAUUCUAAGACAAGAUAAAAUAUUCCCUUCAAAUAUUUUCACAAAAAAACAUAGUAAAACUUCACCCACCCACACUCAGCUACCAUAGUUUUAGGUCUUAUUUUGUAUUUGAAAUGUUUUAAUUCGCAUUAGGUUAUUAUAUCGUUUGUUUUUGUUUUGUUUUUUUAAAUCUUACAGAUUAAAAAGGAAUUUUUUUCUUUACUAAAUGUAGAUUUUAACUUCCGAUCACUGAAACAAAAACAAACAAUAAAGUUGCAAAUAUUCUUUAGACAAAGUCAAAAGUGCAAUGUAUAAUAUAUUACAUUAUAUUCAUAGAUUUUUUUUUUUUUGAACACCCAUUAUUUUCCUUUUAACCAUUCCAACAAAAUGCGAUAUUCCUUGGCCAAUCAUUGUAAGGGAGAUGAUCAUUACUAGCUAAAUGGUGAGAUCGGUUGAAUUUUAAUCAAAGAACAAGGUAGAAGGUGCGGAGAUUAUAUUUAAUGGUGGGAUUUGUGUCUUGGGACCAAGGGAAAGGAUACUUUCAGGUAAGUUGGUAUUGAAAAUGCUAAGUAAAUAUCUCAGGAUGUUAAGCUUAUUGUUUAUUAUCAUCAUUUAACGUCUGUUGUCUAUGCUGUCAUGUGUUGGACAGUUUCACUGGGCUGGCACACUGGAAAGCACACCUUCCAGCAUGGACAACGGAUGUUAAAUGAUGAUGAUGAUGAUAAACAAUAAGCAAAACAAUCUGAGAUAUUUACUUAACGCUUUUGAUACUAACUUAAAUGAAAGUAUACUUUCCUUUGAUUUUUAAAAAAGUCUUUUCUCUGCAUAUUUCUUAGGAAAAGCAUUUUCAGUUAAUUUUGAAAGAAAAAAAAAUGGAAAAAUGGGUUCGGAGAAAGGAAAUUUAACAAAAUGGUUUUUUUGUUAUUAAGCUGAUAUGAUUGAAAUAAUGCCUGAAAUUUUAACAAGAGGUUUUAAUUUUGAUAUAAACACUUAAAAAAGGUGGGAGUGUAUAUGUAUCAUUGUACCAAUGAGUGUUAGAAUUAAUUUUGAGAAUAUCAAGAAAUUUGGUGGGUGGGAUUUAACAAAAUUUAUUCAUUGUUAAAUUGAUGUGUUUGAAACAUAACUUGAAAUUGUGAUGGGAGUUUUCAGUUUUAAUGUGAAAUAUUCAAAAAUGGGUGGUGUAGGGCCUUUGUAUCAUAGGACCAGAGGGUUUUCCUCAUUGGAGCCAUUGCUGUGUGGUUAGCACCUUGGGCAAGAGUCUUCUAUAGCCCCUGGACUGGCGAAAGCCUUGGCAAGGGGAAACUGUGUGGAAGACCAUAUACAUAUAUAUAUAUAUAUAUAUAUACACACACAUAUACAUGUGCAUGUGUGUAUUUGUCCUCCACCACUGCUUCACAACUGGUGUUGGUUUGUUUAUGUUUGCAUAACUUAGUGGUUCAACAUAAGAGGCCAACAGAAUAAGCACUGGUGGUGGGUGGGGAUGAUUUGCUCAACUGAAACCCUUUCAAGGUAGUGCUCCAGCAUGGUCAUGAUUCAGUUAUUGAAAUAAGUAAAAAAAAAAAAGUACCAAACUACAGGUCGAUUCCUGUAUUUAAAAAGUAUUGCAAAAUGGGUCUUUGGAAAAUUAAUCAUUUUUGCCAUAGACACCCUCUCCUGUUGGCAUCUUUAACAUAUUUCAUCCGACCUCCUCUCUUUAGACCUUGUACAGAACAAUAAAACUAACAGGUCGAUGCUAUAGACUUGGCCAGGUCAUUAUCAACCCACUUCAUCUUUGUAUCAAUUAUAUAUUUCUUUGAAAGAAAUUCAGAUAUUAUAUAAAUUUUGUUACUACCUCCUUUUAGCUCUUUUGUCACCAUAUUCCUGUUGAAAUAAACUGUUUUUACUUCAAUUAAUUUUGAAAUUAAAGAAGACUUUAUGAAAAUAAUUCUCACGUUAUUAAGCUAGUUUGGGAAAUAUAAAUUCAUGAUAUUUCAAUGAAAGGUUUUAAUGCAAAGCAUUUUGAAUAGGAAUUUGUAUCAUAAGACCAGAGAUGGUCUCAGUCUGGUAUCAAAUAUGAGGUUUAUAUGAUAAAAUAAAAAAAUUAAAUUUCAAUUAAAAUUAACAAAACAAAAAAAAUUUUAAUUUCUUAUUAGAAAUUCUGAUUAAUUUUUUUUAAACAUUCACUUUUGUGAAAUGUAGACUUGUCAUUGUGGUUUUUCUUUUUAUAUUGUUCUGUCUAAAUUUGUACAUAACUAUAGACAUAUAUAUACAUGUAUGUGUAUAUAUAUUUAUGCAUAUAUAUAUAUAUAUAUAUAUAUAUAUAUAAUACACACAUGAACACAUAGAUAUAUAAAAAUGAAACAUUUGAAAAAAGUAUCUUUGUAAGAUUUUGUAAUAAAAUAUUUUAUAUUUUAUUGUUGUAUUUGUUAUGAUUAUUGCAAUAUAUAUCAUCAUCAUCUUCAUUUAACGUCCGUUGGGUUGGACGGUUUGACUGAGCUGUACGAGGCUCCAGUCUGAUUUGGAAUGGUUUUCUACAGCUGGAUGUCCUUCCUAACGUCAACCACUCUGAGAAUGUAAUGGGUGCUUUUUAUGUGCCACCAGCAUGGGUGCCAUUUGCGUGACACUGGUAUCUGCCAUGACUGCAAUAUUGCUCGGCUUGAUGGGUCUUCUUCUCAAGCACAACAUAAUGCCAAAGGCCUUGGUCAUUGCCUGCUUUGAUAAGAGAUUUUUCAGGACAAGAGUUGGCAAAUGUCUGGAAUUUUCAUGAGCUGCUUAUAACAUUUUUUUUGGUAUUUAAAAGUCAAUCAAAGAGGUCCAAAGGUGAGAAAAGAUAACCACACAGAUUGCAUAUCCAAUUUAGACCACCAAGAACUGCAGAUAUAUACAAGGCGACUCAGUGAACAAGAAAAAUAACAUAUCUAUACAUUUUGUAUUAUUAAAGUCAAUUAUACUCUUUUACUCGUUUCAGUCAUUUGACUGCGGUCAUGCUGGAGCACCGCUUUUAGUCGAGCAAAUCGACCCCAGGACUUAUUCUUUGUAAGCCUAGUACUUAUUCUGUUGUUUUUGUUUGUUUUUACUGAACCACUAAGUUACGGGAACGUAAACACAGCAACGUUGGUUGUCAAGCAAUGGUAGUGGGGACAAACACAGACACACAAAUAUAUAUAUAUAUAUAUAUGACAGGCUUCUUUCAGUUUCCAUCUACCAAAUUCACUCACAAGGCUAUAGUAGAAGACACUUGUCCAAGGUGCCAUGCAGUGGGACUGAACCUGGAACCAUGUGGUUGGAAAACAAGCUUCUUACCACACAGCCAUUCCUGCGCCUAUAUUCACACAGCCACUCCUGCACCUAUAUAGCUACUCCUACUUAAGUUAAAUGUGUCUGACAUACGUUUCUGCUACACUGAUAUCUCACAAUGUGGUUUCCAUUUGCAUCCAGUUUGUUCAUCUGUGGCUUUAUUCAAGGAGAUCGCUUCAAAGGACAGCAGUGUGCAACACCUUAAAUAAAGCUACACACAUAUACACGUGAGGGCAUGUGGCCUAGUGGUUAGUGUGUUUUGCACUCGUGACCCAGAGAGAGUGACUUUGAUUCCCAGACUGGGCAGUGUGUUGUGUUUUUGAGGAAAAUACUUCAUCUCAUGUGCUGUCAAGACAAGGAGACACAAAUAUGCACACAUGGUGGCAUGUAAAAGCACCACCCAAACGUGGUCAAUACCAGCCCCAUCUGGCCCCUGUGCCAGUGGCACGUAAAAAACACCCACUACACUCUGAGAAUGGUUGGCAUUAGGAAGGGCAUGCAGCUGUAGAAACACUGUCAGAUCAGAUUGGAGCCUGGUUCAAACUUCCUGGCUUCUCAGACUCCCCGUUGAACUGUCCAACCCAUGCUAGCAUGGAAAACAGACGUUAAACGAUGAUUAUGAUAUAUACGAAGGGCUUCUUUCAAUAGUCAUCUUCCAAAUCCACUCACAAAACUUUGGUCAACCCAGGGCUAUAAUAGAAGACACUUGCCCAAGGUGUCAUGAAGGUGAGACUAAAUCCAAAAUUAGGUUGCAAAGUGAAUCACUCAAACACAGUCAUACCUAUAUUUUUUUACGUCAAGAUUUGUAUGGAUUCUGUCAACCAAAUUCAUUCACCAAGCCUUGGUUGACCCUGGGCUAUAGUAGAAGAAAUUUGUGGCACUUUGAACUGAAAACCAAGUGGUUGCAAAAGACAAACUUCUUAACCUUACAGCCAAACUUGUACCAACACAUUACACUGUUGGAGAACCAGUGGGACAUACCCUUAAAUUAUCACACAAAGAAACAAUUAUUUUAAUAAAUUUUCAUUUUUAAUAAAUUGCUUUUACACUGUUUCCGUUUGUUUUUUGUUUUUUUUUGUUUUUUAUAUUUGUUAAAGACCCCUGAAGGAGGCAGUACCCCUAACAAACAUAAUAACCUUCUUUAAAAUCACAGGACUCAGUUUCUUCAGCUAGAGUAAAAAAAAAAAAUAAAAAAAAAGAA